ACGUGAUGAACUACAUGUUAGAUGAUAAUGGACACCCAACUUUCUUGCUCCUCUCUCCUAUAUAUAAAUAUGCAAACAAGAAGUGUGCUGUAUGCAUUAAAAACACAUAUAUACAAAGGAAUAGAAAAUAUAUUUCAACAUAUAGUAGGCAUGCAAGGUGAAGAAUGUAUAUUGUUGAUUGCUCGGGGGGUAAUUGUAGCCGCAUUACUUUACGCUCUAAUUCGUUUGUUAAUCUCAAGAAGCAGCACCACCAUCGACCGGCACCGUCUGCCGCCGGGGCCGAGGGGCUUUCCAGUGGUGGGCUCCCUUCCCUCCCUGGGCGACAUGCCGCAUGUUGCCCUAGCGAAAAUGGCCAAAAUUUAUGGCCCAAUCAUGUAUCUAAAAAUGGGCACGUUAGACAUGGUCGUGGCUUCCACGCCUGACUCGGCCCGGGCAUUCCUGAAAGCCCAAGACACCAACUUCUCGAACCGACCGCCCAACGCGGGCGCCACCAUCCUGGCGUACAACAGACAGGACAUGGUGUUCGCCCGCUACGGCCCCAAGUGGAGACUGCUGAGGAAGCUGAGCAGUCUCCACAUGCUGGGGAGUAAGGCGCUGGAGGGGUGGGCCGACGUGAGGUCCACGGAGGUGGGGCACAUGCUGGAGGCCAUGCACGAGGUCAGCCGGCGCGGGGAGGCCGUGGCGCUGCCGGAGAUGCUGGUGUACGCCAUGGCGAAUAUGAUAGGGCAGGUGAUAUUGAGCCGGCGGGUGUUCGUGAGCAAAGGGAAGGAGGUGAAUGAGUUCAGGGAGAUGGUGGUGGAGCUGAUGACCUCAGCUGGGUAUUUCAACAUCGGCGACUUCAUUCCGUGGCUUGCUUGGAUGGAUCUGCAGGGGAUUGAGAGAGGAAUGAAGAAACUGCACAGCAAGUGGGACAAGUUGAUCGGCAACAUGUUGAAUGAACACUUGAAAUCAACCCACGUGCGCAAGGCCAAGCCGGAUCUUCUUGAUUCCCUUUUGGCAAAUCGUGAUGGUGAUCAUGAGGAAGAGAUCAAGCUCAGCACCACCGAUAUCAAAGCCCUUUUACUGAACUUGUUUACUGCAGGGACAGACACAUCAUCGAGCGAAGUAGAAUGGGCAUUAGCAGAGAUGAUGAAGAAUCCGAGCAUCCAAAAAAGGGCCCAUGAGGAGAUGGAUGCAGUGAUCGGCCGAGAGCGGCGGCUGCUGGAAUCCGACAUUCCGAAACUAGCAUACCUCAAAGCCAUCUGCAAGGAGGCAUACCGGAAACACCCUUCCACUCCACUAAACCUGCCUCGAAUCAGCAGCGAGGCAUGCGUGGUGGACGGCUACCACAUCCCCAAGGACACGAGGCUGAGCGUCAACAUAUGGGCCAUCGGGAGGGACCCCGACGUGUGGGAGGAUCCGCUCCACUUCAACCCCGACAGGUUUAUGUCGGGGAAGAAUGCGGGGAUCGAGCCCGCGGGGAAUCACUUCGAGCUCAUCCCAUUUGGGGCGGGGCGAAGGAUCUGCGCGGGCAGCAGGAUGGGGAUGGUGAUGGUGGAGUACAUAUUGGGGAGUCUGGUGCACGCUUUCCGGUGGGAGCUGCCGCCCGGCACGGCGGAGAUGGACAUGGAGGAGACUUUCGGGCUGGCGUUGCAGAAAGCAGUGCCUCUUGCGGCUACCCUCACUCCUAGGUUGCCUUCACAUUGUUAUGCAGCUAGCUAGGUAUAUAUAUAUUGUUGUGUUACAUCCAUUCUCUAUAUAGAUACAUGGAGAUCGAUGAGAGAAUGAUCCUAUAUACUCUAUACAUGAUAUAUUAAAUAAUGAUCAUGGUGUGGGUGGCGGUGCUUCUGGUGAUGGAGCUGGUAUGGUUUUGUUGUGUCGGAAAUCGAGGUUAUUGGGGGGGCCCUUGCCUAAUAACUGGGUGCAACCGAGGUAGCAAGCCAGGUCGCAAGUGGUGUCGAGGGCGCCCUCUAAAUUCAAACAGAUGGGCUUGCACCCAGCUAGGCACUCUUUCGAUGCUACCUUCUUCGCCCCUCCUGCACCUACUAAACCCAUCACCAUUAUUCCCAAAAUAACUACAACGCUACUGCUGUAUUUCUUCAUAAUUCUCUCCUUCUCUCAAAAUCCACAUAUGCAAUUUCUUAUAUAUAUAUAUGUGAGUGGUCGAGCAUUUUUGGCCAACAAAACCAAAGAUCCGGAGUGAAUGGAGCGAGGGGGUGGAGGAGAUUCAUCUUUGUAAAGCCAUACAUUUGCAGACGAUCGAAUAAAUAUUUCUAAUAUUGGAAUUUGGAAUUAA